AUGGCCACCGUGACCAACAGGACAAUGCAAAGUAUCAUGGCACGAGUGGUCAUCGUUUCAUUCGCCAUCCACGGCCUUUCCGGCGCUCAAAGCCUGAUUCUCCUUGGGUUCAUGAGUCUGCUCUGCGCGGAGGGCGUCUUGGCAUUGGCGAUCAAGGCAAAACAAGCAAACCUCGUUAGGCCAUUUGUGCAUUUCGCCAGAUCCGCCAACUUGCGCCUCAGCACGGAUGCUGUGGUCGCUGAAGAAGUGCUUUCUGCGAAAUGUACCUGUCAGGCAUCGGGCCGAGACGCUUUCGGACACCAAUACGAGCAGAGUAUCCCGAAGCAGGCCCCUGUCUCGUUCGCCUUGUCUCAGAAAGCACCUGCCACUCACGAGCACGCCGUGCCGAAACACUCAGCUAGCCAUGGCCGCAAUGAUUCGGACGUCCUGGACCUGGCCACGCAAGGGAAAAUCCCCAUCCAUGGCCUUGAGAAGGCUGUAGGCGACCACAAGCGAGCGGUUGAAAUCAGACGGGUCGUCAUAUCCCAAGCCGUGGUGAGGGAUGCCGCUUCCCUGGCGCACCUGCCCUACACCGACUACGACUUUGCUGCGGUGCACGGCAGAUGCGCGGAGAAUGUGAUUGGAUACAUGCCCAUACCAGUCGGCGUCGCAGGCCCUCUUGUCUUGAACGGGACCACCUACUACGUGCCCAUGGCCACCACCGAGGGUGCUCUGAUCGCCAGUACGUGCAGAGGCAUCAAAGCCAUCAACGGCGGCGGAGGCGCGCACGCCGUCGUCACGGAUGACGGCAUGACGCGAGCUCCCUGCGUCCGCUUCCCAACGGUCGCGCACGCGGCGGAAGCAAAGAAGUACAUCGACUCGGACGAGGGUCAAGAACUUCUCCGCAGCGCAUUUGCCUCCACCACGAACCACGGUACUCUGACAAGUGUAACUGCCCGACUCGUCGGCUCGGAGCUCUACCUACGGUUCAAAGCCCGGACGGGCGAAGCCAUGGGCAUGAACAUGGUUGGCAAGGGCGUUGCCAAGGCGUUGAAAGCACUGCAGAGCUCCUCCCGCCCGGAAUUCCGCGCCAUGGACUUGGGAGCGCUUUCAGGCAACAUGUGCGCGGACAAGAAGGCGGCGGCAAUCAACUGGAUCGAGGGACGCGGCAAGAGCGUCUGCGCCGAGGUCGUCAUUCCGGCGGCAGUGGUCAGGAAGAUCCUCAAGUGCGAGGUCCGCGAUCUGGUUCGCCUGAACAUCAGCAAGAAUCUCGUGGGUUCGGCAAUGGCGGGUGUCUCGGUGGGAGGAUUCAACGCCCAGGCUGCCAAUAUCGUCGCGGCCGUGUACAUUGCGACUGGCCAGGAUCCCGCGCAGGUCGUGGGCAGCAGUAACUGCAUAACUCUGAUGAAUGAGACCGAGAAUGGCCAUCUGAAGGCAUCUGUCACCAUGCCGUCCGUCGAGGUCGGCACUGUGGGAGGGGGAACUGCGUUGAGGCCACAAGCGGCGAUGCUUGAGUUCCUCGGUCUGCGGGAUCAAUCAGUAGAGCCGGGCCAGAACACAGCGACGCUUGCGAGUAUUAUUGCUGGAACAGUCCUCGCGGGUGAGCUUAGUCUUUGUAGUGCUCUCGUGACGCAAGAUUUGAUCGAGAGCCACAUGGCUCUUAAUAGAAAGUGA